UCUUGAUUAAAAAUCCUGGUAUGCUGAGCUUAUGCUGAAAGAGUCAUGUCUGGAUAGCAAUUGCUACUGAAAUUUUUAGCAAGAAUAAAAGGUCAGUGAUAUUGAUGAAGAACACAGGCCUGAUGGUCUUGUAUAUGGACAGCUGUACUAGUAUUUUCAUAAGCUCAACCCCAAUUUUACUGGAGUUGAUCUUCAGGCCAGUGGCUAAUUUCGAAGACUGCGUCAAAGAAGUUUUUAGGGACAGCAGUCAGCAUGAACCACAACCCAGCUUCCAAAAAAGCUAAAUUGGAUGAAUUGGGAGAGUUUGACAGGCUUUUCCCAGAGUUGGUUGAAUGUUUAAAUGAUGGAUGCUUGAAAGAAAAACAGUUACAGAAAGUACUGGAUUGGUUCAAAGAGGUUUCAGAGUAUAAUGUUCCUCAUGGAAAGAAGAAUAGAGGACUCUCAGUAAUUGUGUCACUCAAAUGCCUGAAAGAGACCAUUUCAGAGGAGGAAGAGAAAAUUGCCAGAAUUUUGGGAUGGUGUGUAGAAUGGCUGCAGGCCUUUUUCCUUGUGGCAGAUGAUGUUAUGGACAGCUCUGUGACAAGAAGAGGAAAGCCUUGUUGGUAUAGAAGGGAGGAAGUAGGCAUAGUGGCUGUGAAUGAUGCCUUCUACUUGGAGUCCUGCGUCUACCAUAUCCUGCGUAAAUACUGCAAGGACAAACCUUACUACAUUAGCAUUGUAGACCUGUUUCAUGAGACAACCAUGCAGACAGUUAGGGGUCAGUGUCUAGACAUGAUCACAGCUCCCUCUGGUGGUAAGGUAGAUUUCACCGAUUUCACAGAGGACCGAUACAACACCAUUGUCAAGUGGAAAACAGGAUAUUAUUCCUUCUACCUACCUGUGGCGAUAGCUAUGUAUAUGAGUGGAAUAACAGAUGAAGACUCUCAUGAAAGAGCACAACAUAUCUUACUACAUAUGGGCAGAUAUUUCCAAAUUCAGGAUGACUUUUUGGAUUGCUAUGGAGAUCCAGUGGUGAUAGGGAAAAUUGGCACAGAUAUUUCAGAAAAUAAGUGUAGCUGGUUAGUGAUACAAGCACUGAAAAAAUCCACCCCAUCACAGAGACGUCUUUUAGAGGAAAAUUAUGCAGACACGAAUCCAAAGAAAGUCCAAAGAGUGAAAGAUUUAUAUAGAGAAUUGGAACUAAAAGACUUGUAUCAUGAAUAUGAAGAAGAAAGCUACAAAGAAUUGAUUGCACUGAUAGAAAACCACAGAGGAAGUUUGCCGGAAUCUGUAUUUCUGACAUUUGCAAAGAAAAUUUAUAAACGUGAUAGAUGAUAAACAUGCACAAUAAUAAUUUUUAUCAUACAUAUAGAUUUAAUAUUUUUUUGUUAAUAUACAAACAAUUCAAUUGAGCAAACAACUGCAAGAAAUGUAUUGAACAAAUGUUGAUACAGAUUUGGUGAGGCAGUGUGAAAGGUGUGUAUGAAAUCCUUGUGCUCACAGAUGUAAAAUAGGUCAAUCCUGUGACAUGUUCUAGUGCUUCAGUAUUCAUCACUUUAUGUUAUCAUUAUCCCAAUGCUUCUGGAGACUGACAAUGUAGAUUUAUAUUAGCGUACAUUUUGUUAAUAGGUUUUUGAUUUUAUUGUCGGAGAUCUGGCACAGUUUUUCUUUUAGUGAUGAAAGUGCGUGCAAUUCCAAACAUGUUUUUGUACCUACAGGCAUUGAAAACUACUGUACUAUGUGUAACUGAGCAGGAAGGCAGAUGUUGGUUUUAUAAAUUUAUUCAGUAGAAAAUAAAGGCAUUGACCUACAAUAACAGAUAAAUAAUAUUACAAAUCAAGAAAGAAAAACAUAAUUGAAACAUGACAAUUGUAAAUUGUACCCACAGUAUUAAACGUUUUAGAAGCAUACUAUACUUUAUAAAAAUGUGUACAUAUGUUCUGUAAAUAAUUUAGAUUAAGAUCUUACAGACUCAUAUAAUCAUUACGACUUUGAAAGCAAAAUUACAAUAAAGUAAAUAACUUGCAAUCAAAAUAAUUACGUAUAUCAGCUCUUUAUAUGGAAGUGAAGCAUACUUAAAUAUAGAAAUAACAUACCAUAAGAUGCGGAAGAUAUCAGCUGGUUGUAACUCUUCAAAACGUAUUACUGCUCUAACUACAUAGGUAAGUGCGGUAGAUUUAUACAUAUACUGAAAGACUAUUAUUGGAUAAAGAAAUAUGAAAUGACCAAUGAAAUCAAAGAAUCAAUGAAAUAACAGAAAUAAAACUUUACUCAGCCAACUCAAUCCAGAUGCGCAAUUGAACUUUCGGUAAAUUGAAUUUUAAGAUUGUAUUUAGCAAAACGAUAAAUGAAAAAUAUCAAAACGAAUAAAAACAUAGAGAAAUUCAUAUUUAUACUAUCACAUUUUUCAUAUCAAUUUGUGUGUGUGUGUCUUUAUCAAGGAUGUUCAGUGAAUAAUUUUAUCAUAUGGAUACAUGCAGUUGUAAUCCCUCUGCAAUAUUCACCUGUUUUAACAGCAAGACUUGUACUUGUACAGUAAAACACACUUAUAGCAAGGUGCUGGGGAUGAACAAUUUUGAUUCAGUUUAAAUGUAAUCUUGUAAGUUCACAAUAUAUCUUAAAGGGAGUGAAAAUCACUUUGCUGUAAGUGUAAAUUCAUCAUAAGUGUGUUUGCAAGUAACCAUGUUUUUCAUUUUCUUUUACAUUGUAACAUUCAAAGUAGUGUGUAAUUGACACAAGUACUUUUAUUCAUACAUCACGUUAUAUGGUCAAGAUAAUGCCUUUAAAUGGUGUUUAAUGUGAAUUUCAUUGGCAGCUGUCAUCAUUUCCCCUUAAAAUGAAUCUUGGAUAGUAUGAUGUGAGAAUUUGGAUUUAAUGUUGGCACGUGCAUCAACACACAAUGUAUUACCACUUGUCGUAAAAUUUUGUUUCCUUUUUACACAAUAUAUAUUUUAUAGAGAGGUGAUUAAGUGUGCUUUUCUAGAUGCUCGCUUACUGCAUGUAUUCAAGUGUCAGAGUUCAAAACCAAGGGAACAUGAUUUCAGAAUUGAGUAUGUAUUUUGUAUAAACAUGUGAGAAUUUAGUAUGUAUUUUGUAUACACUUUUGCUAUGCAUUAUAUUGUAUAAACCAUACAAAAACUUUAACUUACAAAAACUUUAACUUGAUCUUAUUUUUAAUAAAAAUGUCAACAUCAA